UUUACGAUAUAAAAAAAAGUUUUAUUUUACUUACUUUCCGAAGUUGUACUCCAGCCCGCAACGACUCCCAUUUGACCAAUAAGUCGAUUCGCAAGUGCCGAUGUACUAUUUAAAGAUUGUGCAAAAUGAGUAAACCUGGUUGUUCCUGUAAAAGUGCCAAUGAGCCAAAUCCAAAUUGUGCUUAUUGUGGUAACAAGAAGCUAACCUAUUAUAAUGAUCAAUAUCAAAACAGUUAUCAAAACAAUUACGGAGAGAAUCAAGGCUAUAAUAAACCUGGAUGUUGCUGUAAAAAUGCCAAUGAGCCAAGUCCCAAUUGUGUUUAUUGUCGUAACAAGGCCCAAGGCUAUUAUAAUGAUCAAUAUCAAAACAGUUACGCACAAAAUCAAGGCAAUAAUGGCUAUAAUGCUUAUAACCAAGGAAGCGACUAUUCGUAUGGAAGCCAAUGGACACAGCCUCAACCGAAUGCCCAACAGGGUCAACAGGGCGAAGGUGAUACAAACAAUAAUACCUGGUCACUCCUGAAGCCUGUAUUGGUCUUUGGUGCCGGUUGUUACGUGACCUCGCAAAUGGUGAAUGUGGCCAGUGAAUUGGGUUAACAACAACCGUUGCGUAGCCCUUUUCUUAAUGAACUUCUAUUUAAUUUUCUUGACAAGCCGGUAUUUCAUCAGUAACAAAAAUCUGUACACCCCCACUACAUCCAAAAUAUUUGCAAUGCUUCGUUGAUGGUGUAAAUAAAAUUUUAUGUGCUGUUCAUUUAUUUCAA